AACAGUGGAAAGAAAAGAAGAAGAAAAAAGAAAGAAAGAAAGGUGAUGUGAUCCGGAAUGACGAUAGUAAUCGGUGGUGUCGUGCCCUUUAUAUUUCCAACCCAAUUCAUCCAGCCCUCUCUUCGACACAAGGAACGGCGAUGGCGUCCUCGUGGAGCUGGCCCGCGCCGGGCAAGCGCAAGAGGGACUCCGCCUCCACCGACCAGGGCCCGUCCCAGCAGCCGUCCGAGUGGCGGACGCGGCGCGCGCAGGAGACCUACUCCUCCAAGCUCCUCGACGCGCUGCGCCUCGUCCGCGCCGGAGGCACGCGCGGCCGCGAGGUGCGGGACGCGGCCGACCGCGCGCUCGCCGUCGCGGCCCGCGGGCGCUCGCGGUGGAGCCGCGCCAUCCUUGCCCGCCGCCGGCGCCGCGCGCGCCUCCACCGCGCGCCCCAGACCCCAGCCGCGCGCUCCGCAUGCAGCUCCAGCUCGGGGUCCGCGCAACCGGCGCUGGAGAGGAAGGCGAAGGUGCUGGGGCUGCUGGUGCCCGGGUGCCGGAAGCUGCCGUUCCCGGCGCUCCUCGCCGAGGUGUCCGACUACAUUGCCGCGCUGGAGAUGCAGGUGCGCGUCAUGAGCGACAUCGCGCAGGCCCUCUCCGCAUCCGGCGGGUCGUCGACGGCGUGAUCCGGCGAGCCUCGGGAUUCCUGCAAUCAAAUUCAAAUCUGCCGUGCCUGUACAUGUUUUCUGCUACUUGGGCUGCCUGUUACGAGAAAUGUUAGUGUGGUGAACUGCCUGGGUGAUGGUUAUUAACCCGCGCAAGCAAGGAUCAUCGGAGCAAGAACACUCGUUCGUUUUGUUUUUGUUUUCACUUCCAUUUCCCCUCAGGAUUUUGCAGCCUUUCUUCUUCUUCCUUUUCUCUUGUUUUGUCAUUGCCUCUUUGGUAAAUGCAUGAAAUCUUGAUAGAUUUUUAGGGUGUGUUCCUGCAGCAAUGAAUCAAUCAAGCGAUGCAUUGCAUUGAUGCUUAGCUUGGAUUGAUAUGAUGGGGAAAAUGUUCCAUUUUUCUGAUGAUAUUGGAGUGGAAAGAAUGGGUUUUUU